AAUAGAGGUGGUUCUAAGAUAAGAAGUAGAAUAAAUUCUCUCCUGAAGGCAGGACUGCAUUGCUGCUUCCGCGAGCCUGCCUCAGGUGCAGUCAUGACAUUUAAUGGUAGUUGGAAAGUGGACCGAAAUGAGAACUAUGACAAGUUCAUGGAAAAAAUGGGGAUUAACGUGGUGAAAAGGAAGCUUGCCGCUCAUGACAAUUUGAAACUGACCAUCACACAAGAAGGAAAUAAAUUCACAGUGAAAGAAUCAAGUGUUUUUCGAACUAUUGAAGUUGUUUUCGAACUUGGUGUCACUUUUAACUACAGCUUAGCAGAUGGAACUGAACUCAGUGGGAGCUGGAACCUUGAAGGAGAUAAACUCGUUGGAAAAUUCAAACGUGUGGACAAUGGAAAAGAACUGACUACUGUCCGAGAAAUUAUAGAUAAUGAACUAAUCCACACUUACACUUAUGAAGGAGUUCAAGCCAAGAGGAUCUUUAAAAGGGAAUGAGCAUGAUUCUUGGAGCACAGAACAGAAUACUCACUGGAUGGAAGAUCAAUGUUGUGGAAAAACUUUUUCUAUCCCCUUCCAGUACAAAGUUACUGACAUAUUUCCAGUUUUGCCAAAGCAAAAGAAGCAAAAGAUAAUUAGGAUUUAAUCUUUUUAUAUUAAAAUAUACAUUUAUUGGUGUUUGAAAAGAAUCUGAAAUUUUUUGGAAAACAAAACAAUAAACAUUGUUCCCACAUUGCUUUAUAA